UCAGCGAAUGGUGAAUCGGUGAUGUUGUUCGAGUCUGACUAUUCGAGUUAUUUGCCACGUAACUUCCGAGUUUCGUCACACUUGUGAGGCUAUUUUAUUAUAAGAAUCCAACGUAAAGCACCGAAAAUUGCGCAUAGGAAAAAAAACAACGAGUGGGGAUACUCUGCCAUGGGUCCCGCUCAAGAUGACGUGGUGGAAGAGCAAAAUGAGCGUCUUGCCCAGGAACUAGCCGGAAAAGUAUCAAGAUUAAAAAGUCUGGCAUUUGAAAUUGAACAUGAAACAAAGGAUCAAAAUAGCUUUUUAAAUGGAAUGGUUGAUGAUUUUGACAGCUCACACAGUCUUUUGGGGAAAAGCAUGGGAAGAGUCAAGAACAUUUUAAACAUGGGAAGCGGUAACAGGAAAACUAUGUGCUAUGUUGGGUUUCUCAUAUUUGCCUUUUUCAUUCUUGUUUACUACACAUCAUCUUUAUUUAGCAGAAAAUACGAAAUAAUUGAGAAAACGGUAUGGCAAGUAGGAGGUGUGUUGUUGUUUAUUCGUUUUGACAUAACGUUUACGAUGCGUUCUGCUGUCGGCAGCAUCAGUUUACUCGGCAAAAUAUUUACUUAUAGGAAUUCUCAAAUCUACAGGAAAAGUCAAACAUUUCCAUUGAUACGAUCAACACAUUCGUUUAAAAUGCAUCCCCAUAGUUAUCUCAACCAAUCCGAUGCAAUUGCACUUGAUGUGGAGCUUUUCAACUAUUUUGGAGUCGAACAGUUAAUGGAACUGGCAGGAUUAAGUUGUGCAUCAGCAAUUGCAGAAGGAUUUCCAGAAUCCAAAAAUGUAUUGAUUGUUGUAGGUCCAGGGAAUAAUGGAGGAGAUGGACUUGUUUGUGCAAGACAUUUGAAAAUGUUUGGCUACUGUCCUGAAAUCUUCUAUCCCAAGCGUACAGCCAAGACUCUCUAUGAAAAUCUUACAAAGCAGUGUGAACUGUUUGAAAUCCCAUUUUUAACAGCAUGCCCAACUACUGAAGACUUGAAUUCAAAAUACUCACUUGUUGUCGAUGCACUAUUUGGCUUUAGCUUCAAAGCUCCUGUCCGAAAGGAAUUCACUGAGAUUAUUGACAAUAUGCUACACAUGUCUACACCCUGCUGCAGUAUUGAUAUUCCCAGUGGCUGGGAUGUUGAAAAUGGGCCACUUGAUCAAGAUAAUUCCUUAAAGCCAGCCAUGCUUAUUUCUUUGUCUGCGCCGAAAUUGUGCGCAAGAUUUUUCCACGGGAUCCAUUUUUUAGGGGGUCGUUUUAUUGCACCUGCAUUGGCUACGAAAUACAAACUAAAAUUACCAAAUUAUCCUUCAACGCAUAAUUGCGUAAGAUUAUAAUAUGUUUAUCAGCAGGGCCCAGCAGAGCCGUAAUAAAUACACGAUUUCAAAAGCAA